UUUGCAUCGGGCUGACGACAAAAUGGCAGUGCUACUAGAAACGACGCUCGGUGAUCUUGUGGUUGAUUUGUACACGGAGGAGCGGCCUCGGGCCUGUUUGAAUUUUCUGAAGCUUUGUAAAAUCAAGUAUUAUAACUACUGUCUCAUCCACAAUGUUCAGAGAGGCUUCAUUGUACAAACCGGUGACCCAACUGGAAGUGGUCGUGGAGGUGAAUCUAUCUUUUGCAAACUGUAUGGAGAUCAGGCCCGAUAUUUUGAGGCAGAAAAGGUGCCCCGAAUAAAACACAAGAAAAAGGGAACAGUAUCCAUGGUGAAUAAUGGUAAUGAUCAGCAUGGUUCUCAGUUCUUAAUUACUGUGGGAGAAAAUUUGGAUUACCUCAAUGGUGUACAUACGGUGUUUGGUGAGGUGACUGAAGGCAUGGAUGUUCUAAUGAAGAUCAGUGAAGCAUUUGUCGACAAAGAUUUCUGUCCAUAUCAAGAUAUUAGGAUAACCCAUACAGUAAUACUGGAAGAUCCAUUUGAUGACCCUCAAGAUUUACAAAUUCCAGAUUGCUCACCAGAGCCCACCAAAGAACAGCUUGAUAGUGGCAGAAUAGGAGCUGAUGAAGAAAUAGAUGAUACCAAGGGAAAAACUGCAGAGGAAAUUGAAGAAGUGUUGGCAGAGAAAGAAGCAAAUACACGGGCCAUUCUGCUAGAAAUGGUUGGAGAUUUGCCAGAUGCAGAAAUAAAGCCCCCUGAAAAUGUGCUGUUUGUCUGUAAACUCAAUCCAGUUACCACAGAUGAAGACUUGGAAAUCAUUUUUUCAAGAUUUGGACCAAUCAGAAGCUGUGAGAUUAUUCGAGACUGGAAAACUGGAGAAUCUCUCUGCUAUGCCUUCAUUGAGUUUGAAAAGCAAGAAGACUGCGAAAAGGCUUAUUUUAAGAUGGAUAAUGUGUUGAUAGAUGACAGAAGGAUCCACGUGGACUUCAGCCAAUCUGUAGCUAAGGUUCAGUGGAAAGGGAAAGGUGGAAAGUAUACCAAGGAGGAUUUUAAAGAGUAUGAGAAGAAUGUUGGCAAGUCUUCUAGCAUUGCACUGAAGGAUAAAGUACAACCUAAGCAGGACUCUAGGUAUGAACUGUUGCCGGAUGAGGCUGAGGCCAGUGGAAGUCACCGACACAGCAAGAAACAUCACAAGGAUAAACGGCAUCAUCGCCAUUCAGAAGGAGGGAGUGACAAACGGAAGGCGGCAAAACACAAGGCAGAUGCUGAGAGAGAGACGCAACAGCACAAAAGCACAGAUACCAACCAUGAAAAAAAGAGGGAUCAAAAGAAGCGUGAGCAUUAUAGAAGUCGAAGCAGUAGUGAAUCCGAAGAGAAAGAUUACCAGAAAGAUUACCACAAACAUAGUAAGAGUAAAAAGAAGUCCAAAUAUCGGGAAGAAACAGAAGGGAGGAGGAGCAGAAGUCCUAAAAGAUCUAAGAAAAUAUCCUGAAUGUAGCAGAGCAAGAGUGGAAUGCGUAACUAUUUCUUAUGCAACUGUGUCAAUUUCCUUUCCAUUUCUUAAAAUGUAAAUAAAAUAUGCAGUAUGCUGUAUUCAUUUAUAACAAUUUUGUAUUUGGUGUUUGGAGCACAUAACAGCCACCAGCUAUCAAUCCCUGAUGGUAUAUUUGAAAAGCCUAGACAGAGUAUACGUGGAUAGGAUGUUUCUUAUAGUGGGGGAGUCUAGGGCCAGAGGAUGCUAACUCAGCAUACAAGGAUGUCCCUUUAGGACAGAGAUGAGAUGGAAUUUCUUUAGCCAGAGUGGUGAAUCCAUUGCCACAGAUGGCUAUGGAGGGCAAAUUUAUUUAAAGUGAUGGGUUAUUAAUAAGACUGUCAAAGGUUAUGGGGUUGAAAGAGAUGAUAAAUCACCCUGAUCAAAUGGUGGAACAAACUUGAUGGGCCAAAAUAGCUUAAUUUUACUCUGAUGUCUUAUUUAACAUCAGAGCAUGUAAGUGAGGCAGACGUAUAACAUUCUGGAAGACACAUUCCACCGAGAUGCAACACUGAGCGUCAUAGGAAGUCAUUCCUGCCUGUGGCCAUCAAACUUUACAACUCCUCCCUUGGAGGGUCAGACACCCUGAGCCAAUAGGCUGGUCCUGGACUUAUUUCCUGGCAUAAUUUACAUAUUACUAUUUAAUUAUUUAUGGUGCAACUGUAACGAAAACCAAUUUCCCCCAGGAUCAAUAAAGUAUGACUAUGACUGAGAGACUGAACAAAAGAGCAAAUAAUUUCAAUCUUAUUUCCU